GGCCGCCACUGGGCCAGCUCAUGGCUGCAUUGUUGUGGGAAAGGAGUGUGUAGUGACCCAGACUGGACUCACAGUAGCAAAAUGGCCUGGUCUCAGGCUCCCCCGCCCCGGCCACAAAGCAAAGCGCGCCCCUUCCCGGUGAUUUGGGGCCGCGGGUGCCGGCGGCCAUCCGGAGCUUGGUCGGGUCCCCGGAGGGACCCGUGGUGGAACCCGCCCUGAGGCUUUGGGAUUCCGCUGAAACUUUCAGCAGGCUGACUGAAUAAAGAACAAGGUUGGAGUGGGAGAAGAGAGGAAACUUUUUGUCUGCCAGUUCACAAAAAACUGGAAAAUGGACUUUGUCAAGAGAAUGGACGUCAUCAAUAUCACCGCCUUGCCAAUGAUCCCAUUCGACGAGCGCCUGGUGGUCUCCGCCAAUUCACGGAAAGUGCUGGAGAAGGCUUUGAGGAAGCAGUUGCAAGACAAUCCACCCACAUGCAUUAUUGGCUCCAUGAGCCAGGUGAACCAGAGGAUUACUGAAAUAGACCUGGACUCCAGCCUGUUGACCAGCACCUCGGCAAUUGAGGAAUAUGAGUUGGAGAAGAAGUCUUUAAAAGAGAAAACUCACGGCAGCCCGGGAGACAAAGUCAAGCAACCGAAGGAAGAGCUGCCGAUAACCUGCAAAGGUUCAGAGCUCCGGAAUGCCAAGUUGAUCCUGUCGAAAAGGAAAACAGCAGAUAAGAAUCUGCUAGCGGAGCUGCACCAACACCCCCAGUUUGACGAAACUAGGCCCAACAAGCUUCCCAAUGGCGUGGACUUCUGCGACAUGGUGGGCAAUGUGAUCCGAUCUGAGAAAAAUCCCCUUAGUGGCAAGUCUUACUGUUCAGACAGAGAAUUAGAGAAGUUUCUGUCUUCUCCCUCCUUCAGCGCCAUCUGGCUGGACAGCUUUUGGUGGAUAUUUCACGAACGGUACCAGCCAAACAAGGAGAUCCAGCACAAGCUGUUUGACCGAAUAGCCCAAAAUUACGCCAUCCUGCUGUUCAAAAUGGUCCGGACUCACUAUGAAGAGGCGCUCAUAAAAAGGCUCCCAUCGCUUCUGAGCAAAGCUCUGUACACCAGCUUCUGCUGCUGCUUCCCCCAGUCCUGGUUCAACACCCACGAAUUCAAGUCGGAGAUUUGUAACACGAUGGGCCUGUGGAUCUCAGGGACAUAUCCUUGCCCACAAAGCUAUGACAGUUGGGACUACUCAGAACUGGAUCCAGAGAGGUUCCGGAGAGAAGAAUUGAUGUUACAGAGCAGUCGACUUAUAAGGGGAAGAGAAUUCACCCUCUUCACUUGUAUGAGAACCUCCUUCCCAAAGAUGGACCACUACAAAAACAAGAAAUUCCAUACCCUUCUGCGUGCAGAAGGACAUCACACAUCACUGAAGCAGUCUUCUAGUUUCUCUACAACCCAGGAGAGAGGCUUUUCAAGGAAGCUGACCGCAGAGGAAAGCUUACGAUGCAGCCACAUGAAAGAUCACCCUGUAACAACCCUGUUCUCCAGGAAAGCCACACAGCAAGUCAAGAGGAUAUCAGAAGCCAGAGCAUGCAUGAGUUUGUUACUGAAAAAGUCCCACCCUGCCUGCAAAAGCCCCAAGUUGACUGUAAACCAAUUCAACCUUUAUGGGAAGAGCCCGCUAAUUAUGUACUACUUCCUCAACUACUCUAAGCUGCCGCUUAAAGGCCAGGAUUUGCUGAUCAGCCGGAGAGAAAAGACCAAAGUCGUCCCUGACUCUGUCAUGACUUAUGCUGACAUCAUCCACCUGGUCACGAAGAACAUGGAGACUCGGAAGAAACGGCUCAGGCAGCUGGACCAGCUGCACGAGAACGAGUGGGCCUAUUUUAACAACUAUCUAACGGAACUGCAGGAGAACUUCGAGAGGGAGGUGAAGAUUAUUGAUCAAAAAGUAGCAGAAAAAAGAAAGGCCAACCAUAACCACGUUUCUUCCACAUUACUAUUUGAUGACUUGUUUUUCAAGAAAUCCAGAGGAACCCCCCAGAAAGAAACAGCUUUUCUCUCAAGGAAGAAAAAGAGGGAUAUAGAAGAGAAACUGAAGGCUUUUCAGUCCCCCUUCUCGUUACACAGCCCCAUGGACACCUAUUCCCUGGGCUUAAAAAGCCCCUACAGAAUCGGGUCUCCCUCCAGUAGCAGUGAGCUCGUCACCAAGGUUUCCAAAGCCACACAGGACGUGCUCUUUAGACUCUCACCGUCUUCCAUGGAGUGAACUCGCCCACGCACGGGCUCGGACUGCAGAGGUGGGGCCUGUGUCUGUUGUUGAAUGGGAUAGAAAAUGGAAUCAGCAAUGGCAAACGAGAGCACCCCUGCAGCCAGGAGCGUGCUGAGUCUUCCCCAGUCCACGGGAUAAAGACGAUUAAAGGUCACAUCUACCACGAGCCGAAGUUAGGGCUGAGAGAAGGUGAUUCGCCUCAUCCAUUCAGACAUGUAAUUUCUUCUUUCAUUCCCUUAUUAAUGAUAACAACACAAUUCAACACAUCCUUAGGAAACAUAGCAAGACCUUGUUUCAAAAACCAGGCAAGCAGGGAGGGAGCUGAGCCAGGUAGUGGUGGCACACACCUUUAAUCCCAGCACUCGGAAGGCAGAGACAGGUGGGUCUCUGCAUUUGAGGCCACCCUGGUCUACAGAACAAGUUCCAGGACAGCCAGGGCUACUCAGAGAUACCCUGUCUCAAAAAACCAAAACCAACCACCUGAGACACCCAGCUACGUGGGCUGAGCAUUUUCUGGAUUCUUGGACUUUCCAUUCAUAGUUAGCCAUUGUUGGAUUAGUAAGAAGGAGAGAUUCAUUCUAUAAGUUCUGUUACUCUGAAGAACCCUGGCUAAUACAGAUUUUGGUACCAGAAGUGGUUGUGGAGCAACAGAAAUAUAAGGAUGAAUCUUUUAAGCAUCUGGAAUAGCCUUUCCAAUUUGCUGAUACCUACAAGUACUGAAACUUCUCCAGGGAGCUCAGAAUGUACUAAAAGUCCAUGAUGUGAACUAUUUCACAAACUUAUAGAAAUAAAUACAUUUGAUUAUUCUGAUUCACCAAACAGACAAAUAAACAACAAACAAAUCCCCCCA